AAAAAAAUUAAGAGAAGAAGGGUCCAUUGCACUAUAUAAAGCAACAGAAGAUCUCCAUUCUUCUUCUUCUCAUUCUCUUCUUUCUUAGGGCUUUGCUUUCUCCUUCUCUCUCUGGAAAACAGGAGAAGUUUUGGUUUUGUUUUAAUGGAGGUUCAAACACAAAAUCUCACUCCUUCUUCAUACCCUUUUGGUAAUACUAUACUAGACAAAACAGUGGUUCUUGAUCAUGAGAAGGAGGGUAUUGUUAAUCAUUCUGAAAAGCUGAUUAGUAUAACUACAGAGAUGGUGAAAUCAAUGGUGAUCAAGAAGAAUGAAAUCAAAGAUGAAGAAGAUACAGCUGCAUUGAUGAUGCAGAAGGCUUACAGAGGGUAUAGAACUCGGCGUCAGUUGGCUGAUUCUGCUGUUCUUGCUGAAGAAUACUGGUGGCAAGCGAUUGAUUUUGCUAGGUUGAAUCACAGUACAAUUUCUUUCUUUAAUGUGCCUGAAACACCCGUCUCAAGAUGGAAUCGAGUUUCUUUGAAUGCCUCCAAGGUUGGGAAAGGAGGAACCAAAGAUGCAAAAGCAAAGAAAUUAGCUUUUCAACACUGGAUUGAAGCUAUUGAUCCACGACAUCGAUAUGGGCAUAGUUUGCAUUUGUAUUAUGAAGAGUGGUGUAAUGGAGAUGCAGGACAGCCUUUCUUCUACUGGCUGGACAUUGGAGAUGGCAGAGAUGUUGACCUCGAAAAGUGUCCCAGAUCCAAGCUUCGAAAACAAUGCAUCAAGUAUCUUGGACCUCAAGAGAGGGAACACUAUGAGUACAUAAUUAAUGAAGGGACUAUUCAUCACAAGCUAAGUGGAGAACCUAUGGAUACGAGUAUAGGCUCCGACGGAGCUAAAUGGAUAUUUGUUAUGAGCACUUCUAAAAAAAUCUAUGCUGGCGAGAAAAAGAAAGGGUGUUUCCAUCAUUCGAGUUUUCUUGCUGGAGGAACUACCUUAGCAGCAGGAAGACUUGUUGCAGAGAAUGGACAGCUAAAGACUAUAUCUGCAUAUAGUGGACAUUAUCGCCCAACUGAUGAAAACCUUGAAAGUUUCAAAGACUUUCUCAGUGAGAAUGGGGUCAACCUCAAUGAAGUUCAGAUACGCUCUUCUACUGAUGACUACGAGAGCAAUGGAGACAGCAAGUCAGUUCAUGGGAUUGCAGUUGAAGCCUUUUCUGAUAUAACUGAAGCCCAUGCAUCUUCUAAAUCUCUUCAACUUGAAAUUCCGAAUGGUGAAGCGGAGAAAGACCCUAAACCCUCAGAACCAACAGAAGUUCCUCCCAGAAUUGAAAGGAAGGUAAGUUACAAGAGAACCUUAUCAGGUGGUCUCCAAAGUCCAAGAGCAGAUGUGCCCAAGAUAAAAAUAUUAGAGAGGAUCAAUUCCAAAAAGGCAACAUCUUCAUAUCAAUUGGGUCAUCAACUCUCACGAAAAUGGUCCACCGGAGCCGGUCCAAGAAUUGGGUGUGUAGCAGAUUACCCUCUAGAAAUACAACAACAAGCCUUGGAGUUUGUGAAUCUCUCACCAAGAACUACGCCAGCAACUUCUCGACAGCUUGCAGGAUUCUUACCUUCUUCUCCUUGCCCAAAUAUGAUCCAGUAGAUAACUGCAAAGCCUUCGGGUAAGUGAACCAGAUUCUAGAUGAUUUUACACAAGUGAAUUUUCCUAGUAGGGUUUUGGACUAGUGUUAAAUUCCUCUCCUAGACAUGAACUCACUAAAGAAAAGACAUGGUCAUGCAUUUUCGAUUGUCAUGUAGAUAAAAUCUCCCAUUUAUCGUCUCUUUUUGCAUCUACAAGAGGGGCCUAAUUGAUUGUCACGUAUCAAUCUGAUACGUUCUUUAAUGUUUCUACCAGAUGCUAAUCUGUUAAUUUUAGCUCAUGUUUAAUGUUUCUACCAGAUGCUAAUCUGUUGGAUUUUUUAGUACAGUUCUAAGUUAAUUAUCUAUGAAUAUGACUUCGGGUAUCUCUUUCGA